GGAUCUACCUGGGUACGUCCUUCGUAAAGUUAGAUUUACGACGCUGUGUAGGAGGUACCUAGGUAGGUACACGCCUUCGGUGCUUUUACCUUGUAUCGGCACCCUCCUUGCCGCAUGAACUGCUCGCACCGCAGGUACCAUAUGUACCUACCUCCUACUACGGAGUACCGCCGAGGAAAUAGCGUCAGGGAGAAAGUCGCGGAGCAGCAGGUCGUUGCCGUCAACUCCGCAGUUACGCACUCCAACUUUCCCAUCUAGAUGUAUUAUUACCAUGUUAGAGUAUUCAUUGCUGUCGCCGGCCCAAGCCUUGUCCAAGCUCCGGCCUCUACUUUGGCCAUCUUUCCAUUCGGCCGUCUUUUCAAAGCCUUUGCUACAUCUCCUCUAAUCCAUCGAUUCCUUUUCCUUUCUGUGCCGUCGAGCCCGUCCUGCGUGUUUCUGUACCGCGUUAUUGAUUCAGUGCCCCUCUUCCUCCCCACCGUCACCACGCCCUUCUUCUCCUUGGUCUCCAAGACCUUUUUUUUGCGUCCGUAUUUUCUUGCCGGCACCAGUCUUUACCAGUUCCUCCCGGCAUCUGCAUUCUAGCUACUCCUACGGAUGGUCCUCUACGCAGUCACGAAGCUGAAUUGCCAGCUAUAUUAACAAAAUACCACCCCUCGUCUCCUCUCACGUCUUCAUAAACAUGCGACCACCGAGAAUCGUCAUCCUCGUUCUCUUCUUCGCCGCUUGUCUCUUCCUCCUAUGCCGCGCGGUAACAUCAGCUGGCCGCUCUUCCGUCGCAUCCCCCGCUCAACCUGCGGCCAGGACCAGCUACGGAUCCCUUUUCUCCUUUUCGUCGCCCUUCACCCUCUUCCCCCCCAAUGCUAUCAUCACUAUAGCCGAUGACAAUAGCACCUCCUUCGCGGCGAGGCCGGCCGCUUUCGGGCCCCCACUGCCUAACAAAGGCUUAGAUGGCCAGCUGUGGAUCGGCAGCGGCUUUACCGAGGAGUCUAUGCAAGACGGAGAGGGCGAAGGAGAGCUGGGAUGCAGUGAUGUCCCCGGAUGGAAUGACGGCAAUUCGAAUGCCGUUUUGAAGACAUCUAUGAAGGAAAUCCAGCACAAAUUCAAGUCUGUCACUCCUGCAAGCCAGAUUAAGAAUCAGAAACGGAGCGAUCCCAACAAGGGCUCCCUAGUCGACCGAACCUCAGUCUCCGAGCCCGAACCCAAAGCCAAAGCCAAGCCCGUCGACGAUGGCACCGACGACUACCUCCACCAGCGUCUCGAUCAGUCAGCCAAGUCGCAGGGUGACACUCUCGGCUCUUCUGCCUCCAAACAUGCCGAUAUCCAGUCCAUUCAGGAGGGAGCUGAGAUCGCGGGCAAGAUCGUCCUGCUGAGCCGCGGAGGAUGUGGCUUUCUCGAGAAGGUGAAGUGGGCGCAACGGCGAGGUGCUAUUGCCCUCAUCGUUGGCGACAACCAAAGAGGCGGUCCGUUGAUCCAGAUGUACGCCCACGGAGAUACCUCCAACGUCACCAUCCCCUCCAUCUUUACGUCUCGUACGACCGCCUAUUUGCUUUCCCUCAUGAUGCAACCCGGAAGCUUCAUCGAGGAUAUAAUCGACGAGAACGGCAAGCCCUCCCUGAAAGCACAGCAAUCCGACAAGGCCCGGAAGAAUAAGAAGGCAAGAGAGGCUGCUAUCUCAACCCCGCCAUCAAAAAUUAGCGCGAGGGUUAAGAGUUCGAAGGCACCAAUAGCUAAAAGUCACCCCCCGUCGGCCGAUGAAGCGUCGGGGCCAGGGCCCGGCUGGUUCUCCCGACUUUUCGGCUUGGGCUCAAGCCCUGGCACGAAUUUAGCUGCUAGCGGAAGUCGUCCGCCCAGCAGCGGUCAGCUAGAUUGGGUGGUCGUAGAGGACUUUUCCGAUGAGAAAGACAAGCUCAUCAAAAGCAGCCUCGAACGCGCCUCGAAAGCCGGCUCAGAUGGUACUUCGAAGCAGAAAUCCAGGAAAGCUCCGAAUGAUCACUUUCAGAUAGGCGUGGAAGACUGGCGAGACCCGGACCUGCUCCGCUCUCCCGACCAGAACGAUGAGGUACUCGAAUCUACAAAGGAGAAUGGCAAGCCUUCCAAACCAAACUCCAAGGCCGAUCCGGCCUCAGACACCGGCGUUUCCGAUGGAAAAAAGCAGAAUGCCAACGGGCAAACGAGUGGUAGAGUGACCCCUAGUAGCGGGGAGUACUCCGCGGGCGGAAUUCCCGCCAAAGGAAUUGAUUCUACAGGCGCCGCCAAAGGGAAAAAGACCACUUCGAAUACCGGGGGACUCAUAUCCAAGAUAUUCGGGGAUGACGACGGCGCCGAGUUCCGCGAGGCGGCAGCCCAGCCUCAAGCUACCGACACGCCCAACAUUGGAAAACCCAAACCCCCUGCGAAACGGGAGGGCCUCUGGGUCGUCAUCACCCCCUCAAGCGGUGCUACUCCAUUCUUCGACACGCUCUUGGUUCUGGUCAUCAGCCCACUCAUCACACUCACGGUAGUGUAUGCCCUGCUCAUUCUACGGGCGCGCAUUCGACGGCGAAGAUGGAGAGCCCCGAAAUCCGUCGUAGAACGACUCCCAGUCCGCACGUAUCAUACUGUAGCGUCUACCCCGAGCCACACAUCCAGAGUGCCAUCCCCCACCAGUUCGUCUCCUACAACGCCACUGCUUCAAAGCCAGCAAAGAAUGCCGAAAACCAGGCCGCGGUCACGGACCACUACCGGCGUCCCGUCUGCAGGCGAUUCCCCACCCGCCGAAUCUUCCUCCUCGUCAACCCCAAAGACUCCGUCGCGCGCGGAGCACGAGAAGCGCAACACAAAUACAUCAAGCGAGUGGAAGAAAUACAUGGGUCGACAGGUUGAGUGCGUCGUGUGCCUCGAAGAGUACGUAGACGGUGUUAGUCAAGUUAUGAGCCUGCCUUGCGGGCACGAGUUCCAUGUGGAGUGCAUAACCCCAUGGUUAAUAACCCGACGGCGAACCUGCCCCAUCUGCAAAGGCGAUGUUGUUCGAUCUCUAGCUCGCGGGAUGCCAUCUAGCCCACGAUACGAGCCGUACCAGGAUGACAGCGACGACGAUGACGUGGUGGCACAGGCAACUAAUUCCCCAUCCCACGACUCCCCUUUCGGGCAGGCGGACGACCCCGACGUCGAGCAAGGCAUAUCAUCUUCCCCUCGCCGCUCGCGCCAUGAGUCUUGGAUUAAUGCGCUCCGGAACAGUCUACGAGCCGGGUUCUCAUCCCGGCCCAGGGAAGCAUCAGAAAUCGCCGGUAACCGCGACAGGUGAUGAUUACCUCGCUCGCGUGAUCUGCUUCUACGUGAUAUCGCUGGUGGUCGGCCACACUAUAGCGAUGCGGGUUUAUUAUAUGCACUGGUUACUGUUUGGGGGAGUAUGAUGGAAUACGGCCGUCAGUUGGGAAUAACAGGAUUGCUAUGCCAGUAUAGGCGCAUGGUAUACAUACUAUCGAACCCUUCAAGGUUGAGGCAGGGGACGGGGGGCACUUGGAUCCCAUGAGAAGGAAAGAAGCGUAUCCGAUUAGCUCGCGAUUCAGUUUCGCCCCUAGGUUUUGAAUUGUUGAGUCGUAGAAGCCGCGUUAUAGCCAGCUUACCGGCCAAGACAGGAAUAAUUAUACCCCGCAUAUCUGUCUUCGAUUACUACGAGUAAAAAAUUACACCCAUCGAGUCUUUG